AUGCUGUCCAGAAGAUUUGCGUGUGGGCUUCCGUCAACAGGAAUAUUGUCUGAACUUUUACCAAUUGUGAGGUGUAAAGUUCCGACCGUGCAUAAUCACAUCAGAUUCUUCUCUGAAUCUAAAUGCACAUUAAAUCCAUCUGCAAAUCCAACAGCUAAAAAGAACAUUCCAUUAGGAAAGAGAAUUAAAAAUGGAGCGAAAUUUAUGCUGUCCUCCGCAAUCGUGUUAGCAGCACUUGGUGUGACUAGUGUUUCGUUAUAUUUAGUGUUCAAGGAGCUUUUUUCACCUUCAGGACAAACAUCAACGUUCAAUCGUGUCGUCAGUAUGAUAGAAGAAAAUCAACAAUGCCUUAAGAUGUUGGGAUAUUCCGAUGAAGAAAUCAAAAAAGGUAAAAUUAAGCUUAAAGCUUACGGUGAUGUGCCACAAGAUCGAUGGACCAGAGAUAGACCUAUAAGGGCUACCCAAUACACAGCAAAAGAUGGCACGGAUAGGCUUAUAAUGAGAUUUUUUGUUGAAAGUAAGUACACUGUGGGAGUGGUUCGUGUUGAGGCCAUCGAAGAAAAUGUUGUGGCUCAAAAAUUCAACUAUGUGACAUUGGACGUGAAAGGAAAUAACAGAUUCUAUCUAGUGGGCCAUCCGCAGAAUACUGGCUCAUUUAUGAGACCUAUGGGACUCUUUAAUGGCAAAAAUGGGUUCUUGGGUGUAAAGUGGGGGAAAAAAGAAGAUAAUAAUGACGGGGAUGAGAAGCAUUAA